UACGACGACGAGAUUCGUUUGAUUUGCUUUGACUUUCUUUUCUUGAUCAACCGGUAAUUACGAUUUCGCAUUCGAGAGCCGGAGAUUGGUUUUGUCGCGAUUAACAAAUCCACUAUUCGUGCAAUGGAAUUUUCGUUAAGUGAAACUAUGAGGCACUAGUGGUAAUCGCAGGACUUUUACAAUAUCGCUAGUUGUAAAGUAAAAAAGAGAUUAUCGUACGGAAGCUAUAGCGAUCAAAGAGUACCAACCGAGCAAAAAGUUGGAACCGCAAUCGAUUUUUCCUUCGCGAAGGAAAAAAUCGGUUUCGUUUCAAACUUUUUGCGGCCAAUCGAUUCAAAUAAAAAUAAUAACUACGGACGGCUGAAUCUUUAGCUCGUGCAAGUGGAUCAAAGAGAAAAAGUCUUGACAUGGUUAGGCCCGCUGUAAGCUAACGAUUUAGUUGUCGAUAGCGUCGUGUAGUGUAUCACGAUUUUCUUUUUCCAGCCAGCGAUAGGAAAUACAAUGUUUCUAAAGUGUCUUUUCGCGCCCAUGCAAGCUUUAGCAACGCUUAAUAUUGCAGCAAAGCGUCUAUAAAAUCAAUGAAGCGUACCCGUAAUGUCAAAUUGUGCACGGCAAGUGAUCGUCGCUUGAUAGGUUGUCGGUAUAUGAAUUAACGGCAAAGCCAAGCCGUAGCAUCUAUACCCUUUUUUCGUCUACGUUUAUAGACUCGCCGAACUGAGUCGUCGAUUAAUAAAUCAUCAAAGCUAAACAUUUUCUUUCCCAAAAUUCACACACGCUAAAGCAAUGACUUUGUUUGUUUGCAUACGUGCAUCGCAACUCCCGUCGCACACGACGUGGGAGAGCUCUCGCGAGCGCGAGCUUGUGAUCGAAAGGCGCAAUUGGCUUGGAACGGUGUUCCGAAGUUAAAUAAAUAAUCGACGGAAGCUCGUUCAUUGAUAAAAUGUAAAAGUAGCCAAACGCGAAACGUCAGCAAGCUCGCACGUCGUCACCAAACGGUAAAAACACAGUCAAAAGGAAAGAAAAAUGAAAUGGAAUUAAUAUCCAAUGCACGCCGUAGGGAAACCAAGGAGCGAGAUAGCCAAGCAAACAACGACGGCAAGCGAAAAGAAAACAGCGGUCGAACGAUCGGUUGAGUGAUGAAGUAUUACCAGCAGGUGUCGGUGGAUCUAGUGAAUAUGGUUUACACGGCGGUGGCGUAUCUGGCACUCGCGGGUGCAGCAUGGCUGUUCCUGCGUCUCAUCCAAGCGUGUUUCUGGCUGCCGAGUCACAUGAGGCGACAGAACGACGUGCAGACUAUGCUUCAGGACAAAAUCGACGGCUACGAGCGCUACAUGGCGGAGUGCGAGCGCAACGAAGCGGCGGCAAUCGCCGAAGGCGAGGACAACGAAGCCGCUUCCGACGGAUCGAAGGCACCGACGAAAGAGAACUUCGAGCGCAAGCGGAAAGAGCGUCAAGAGUGUCUGGACAUGUUGAAAACCGAGCUGCGACGCAUCCAGGACGGCGGCGAUCCAUAUGACUUUGACUACCUGCUCGACGACGAGACGAAGAAGCUGCUCUCCGACGACGCCAGCGAGAAAACGGACGAGGACGAGAAAGAUACCGGUAGCGAGAAGGUUGCGGAGGACGACGGUGAGCCCAAGAAGGACAAGUGAUUGUUCGUAGCGUUGGCGCGCGAUGCGACAAAAUAUGCUUCUUUGAGAAUACUAUUGCCUUGUAAAUACAUUAUAACUACAUCUCCGUCUGCGAGACGUUGUGCAUUCACGUUACAUAUAUAGCUUUGCCGGUUGCGGGCAAAUUUUUUAAAUGCUGCGGAGCCACUGCGCUUAAAUUUUUCCGUAGAGUCCUAUUAUACCUCGUUUAUCUUCUACGCGUAUAAUUAUCAAUACACAUUCCGUAUCGAUGCUCUCUUUGCAUAAAGACGAAGCUAUACUGUCCGAUAUAUUUAUUGUUAAUAUUUACUAGAGAUAUAAAAGUGUGUUGGACUUGAAUUUUUUUAUUAUGAAAAUCCAACUGGGAUUGCACAAUGGUUUUCGUUGCAUAAUAAUACCUUUGUAAGAGUUAUCAAAGCUCAUUAUCGAACAACAGCGUCGAAUCUCAUUAUUAUACCUUUUUGUGCAGAGUACAUGUACGAAUGUGAUUUUCCAAGCGUCUUUUGUAUCGACGAGCAAAACGGCAAUUCAAUAAAAGCA